AUGGAACAAGUGACAGAGGCGGAAAUCCAGGAGGUUUCUCAGCUUUUAGCAGGAGUUCUGGCAUCGAAUAACACAUUUCGAAAGCAGUGUGAAGCUCAAUAUAACGCUGCUCUUCAGCAGCAGCCUGGGAAGCUGUUUAUGUGCUUAGUUUAUAAUCUGAAUAAUACUGAUUUAUCAGUCAAAACUCUGUCAAGCAUUUUACUUAUACUAGAAAAGCUGAAUUAGGAAACUUUUCUAUACUAAAUAGCCAUAUUUUCUUUGCCAAGCUCAGCUAAAAAAGCAUAAAAAAACUAGUCGCCCCAAUCACUACGCACGACAUAUGAAAUAAACUACCUUUAGAAGUCCAAAAUUUAGCUAAACAAAUGCUGCUUGACAAAAUUUCUAACGAAGAAAAUAGAAAAAUCAGAGAGCAUAUCUGUGAAGUUGUAGGCCUGCUAGGCUCAAAUAUCUUGAUUUCUGAAGGCAAAAAUGGCACUUGGGAUGAGCUUCUACCUUUCAUAUACCGAUCUUUAGAAGCCAGUGGGCAGCUCAGAGUUUCCGCUCUUGAAGUAUUAGCAACACUGUUCCCUUACUUAUUUGACCAAUUCAUGGAUAGCAACGACAAGAUUUUCCAAGUCUUCAAGGUCGCUUUAAACGACGAAGACAUCUCUACCCGAUCCUCCUGCCUAAAAGCAGUAAAUUCUUUACUCUCAAUAGUAGAUACAGCCACCGCUUUAUAUUAUAAAGAUCUUGUCCCUGACAUCCUAAAGUCCAUUGACUAUAUUCUUUCUAUAGACUUAUACACAGGAAAUAAAUCUUUAGAGCUCCUCCGAGAACUUGUAGACAGUGAGCCAAAAAUAUUUAAACCGUCCAUUCUACACUGUUUUGAGCUGAUCCAUCACCUUUGUAAUAAACAAGGCCUUGAUAUUUCAAGCAAAAAUUUAGCCUUGGAAUUCAUUGUAUGCGUAUGUGAAAGGAUGCCAAAGGUAAUACAUCAGAAUGUCCAGCUGGCAGUUCAGACGAUUUCGAAGAUUAUGGAAAUGAUGGUUGGGAUUGACCAAGAAAUCGAUGAGGCGUGAAAAGUGCCUGAAGAAGGGUUUCAGGAUAAAGAUGACGAAGAAGGAGACCUGGAAAUGGACUAUGCCAAAAUAGGCAGAAGAUUGAUUUCUAGGCUUAUAGAGGCGGUAGGAGAUAGGUAUUUGUUGGAUCCGACGCUGGGAUUGAUACAGCAAGCUUUAAGUGCUGAAAAUGACUGAAGAAUGACUUAUGUAGCGCUGAUGGCAUUGAGCGAGAUAUUGAAUUAUAUUUCAGAGCCAGAAAAAAUUACUGAGCUUGUCCAUUUUUUGACCAUAUUUUCGAAAUCACAAAAUCCUAAGGUAAGAUACGCGGUCUUUCAUUUAUACUCAUUUAUAUGAAAUUUAUAUGAAAUUUUUUAGGAAGAUUGAUAGCAAUGCUCAAUUAAAUCUUUAGUAAUCUAGCAUAAUUGGAGAAGCCAGCCAAGACUACCCUCAAGAAUUCCAAUCAUCUCACCAUGAAAAAAUAUACCCAAUACUUGUAGAAGGUCUAAAUGAUUCAACUCCUAGAGUUGUCGCUCACUGCUGCCUGGCAAUCAGUAAGUUCAUUAGAGAUGCAGGAAUUUCUCUUGCUUCAUCCUAUGCUGUCGCUUUUAUCCCAAAACUAAUCACAUUUCUGUCACAAAACUGCCCAUCCAUUGUUGUUGAACAGUCCUGCACUGCAAUCGCUGCAAUUGCAACCUCCUGCAAAGACUAUUUUAAGGAUGAUUAUAUCAUAAUUAUGCCUUAUCUUUUAAGUUUAUUUGAAAAAUACAAAGAAGACUACUACAAAACACUAAUUCCUCCCUAUCUUUGAUCAAACGAUUCCAUUUAAAAUUCCUAAAAUUGGGAAUAUUAGCCCCUUAUUAAACGAUUUCAUAUAACUAUUAUAAAUUAAAAAUAAUUAAUAAUAAGAAACAGAAAUAUUUUAUAGAGAGGAAAGAGAACUAAAAUUUUUUAAUUAACACAGUUUUUCAUUUUAAUAAUUUUAAUAUCUACUAUAUUAAUCCUUUCAUUUAAAAAGUACACCAGAACAAUAAAAAUAAUAUAGGAUUUUUAUAUAUAAUUUUUUUCAAAAUAUUUUAAACCCCCAUCCUAGAACAAGCGACAGAGGGUCGUUCGAUCAAGGAUGGGGUGGGAGUAAGGGGAAGAGUCAUUGAGUGCAUCAUGUCAAUGAGCAAAAAUGUAGAAAAAGAAGUUUUCAUGCUGCAUGCUGAGCCUAUUAUAAACAUUAUGAAAAAUAUGCAAGAAGGAGACCUAGAAAACAGCGAUCAACUGGUCGGGUACUUGCUAAGCGGCUGGCAAAGAAUUUGUGAAAUUAUGGAAAGUGAUUUUUCUGGCUAUUUAGAUGAAGUUGUCCCUGGACUUAUACAGAUGGUAGAUAGACAGAUGGAAAUCCACGUCUAUACCAACCCAGACUCCUUUGUAGACAUUCACAAAGAGCUAGGCGAACAAAAAGCGACAGUGAGUACGACUAUUACCGAAAACAAAGAGCUGGCAAUGCAAACGUUAUUGUCCUUUGUGACCACUUUGAAAGGGCAGUUUUCUAAAUAUAUUGACUCAGUGGUAAGAGUGGCUGUCCCUAUGAUGCAUUUCCAUUUGAAUGAAUCAGUCAGAGGAGCAGCUGCCAGUUUACUAGCAGGACUUAUAGAGGUAAAGUUCUUAACUCCCCCCCCCCCUCCGUGAGCGAACAAAACCAUUAGAAAAAUCGCCAUUUUUUGACCAAAAACCCACCCUCCGUGAGUGAACAAAAAUUUUUUUAAUAGAAAAAAUUUUAAUGGAAAAAAAAAUUUGAUAUAUAAGUGAUAAUUAGUAUAAUGAAAUCUAGAGCUAAUUCUGUUUAAUUUUAAACAAAUUGCGUUUUAAAACAUAAAUUUUGCAAAUUAAAUUAAUAUUUGCUUCCCAAUUUUUGCAAAUUAGGAUUUUUUUAAAUUUCGAAAAAAAUAUUUUUUAUAAAAUUUAUAUAUAAAUUUUUUUUAAAAAAAAAAAAAUAACCCCCCUCCGUGAGCGAACAAAAUUUUUUUGUUCGCUCACGGAGGGGGGGGGGGGGAGUAAGUGGCGAACAAAACGCAGUCCAGGAUACUAUGCACCUAUCCCAAGUCUUUUUAAAGCUUCUCUGGCAUGCUGUCGAAGAAGAAUACGUCUGUGAAGCAGAAACUGACCAGCUUAAAGCUAUCAAAAAAAUAAUAGACAUCACUGGAGUCCCAUAUCUUACCCAAACUGACGUCACUUCUAUGGGAGAAAAACUGAUAAAGCUGCUACAAAAAAGUAUCCAAAAUAGAAAUGUGGCACAAAACAGCGACGAAGAAGAAGACGAAGCUUAUAACGAAUACCGGAAAGGCGAAGAAGACAACUUGCAUACAGCUAUAUCAGAGGUACUUGGAGUGAUAUUUAAAACCCAAAAAGAAAAGAGUUUGCCUAUCAUAAAUUAUCUAAUGACAAAUACCUUCCCAAAGCUGCUCUCACAAGAAGCACUUGACGAAGACCAUAAAUUGGUCAUUUUUAUUCUUGACGAUAUCAUUGAAUUUUUAGGCCAAAACUUAAUAAAAGACUAUUGAAACGCAAUUGGAGAAGUCCUAGUGAAAUUUGCUACAGACACAAAUGACGCAGUCAGACAAGCAGCUUGCUAUGGUCUUGGCAUUUUUGCUGCAAAUACAAGCCCAGAGGGAUUCAAGCCUUGGGUCCCAUUUGUGAUUUCUGCUAUAGAAAAAUCUUUACAAGUGGCUUGUGAGAAAAAUACAAAAUCCCAUGGCUAUGCCCGAGAUAACGCAGUCGCCGCAAUGGGACGGGUAAUAAAAUUCCAGCAUAUGAACUUAGACAUGGCAAUUGUAGUCCCUGCCUUUAUUGAGCUGCUACCUAUCAAAUUCGACAAAAUGGAGGCUAAAUAUAUGAAUGACGUUUUAGCUGACCUUGUGAUAAGCUCUGAAAAUAUUGCAUUAGGAGAAAACGGUGAAAGGAUGCUCAAAGUCCUACAUAUUUUAAGCGACGCUUUGGAAACCAAGUAUAUUGAAGCUGAGACAACUGGGAAAAUCAAAGAAAUACUGAUGAGGCUUAAUAGCAGGCAGUCAGCAGUUUUCGCAGAAGCCUGGAGAACGCUGAGGGACUCGCAGCAAGUCAAAAUCAACAGACUGAUCAGUGGCAAAUAA